AUGUGUCCACCAGCCGACCUUGCAGCAGCUAAAAGCACAUCAGCGCGCUCGAGAGGAGUCUCCAUGCACACCAUUCCCCAAACACCCAUUUCCCAAACUGCGUUCGAGCACGCCUCAACUCUACUAGCGCCAUCGAUACUCAGUCAUAGUAUGCGGGUCUAUCUGUAUGCCAAAGCUCUUGCCGAACAUUCGGCAUCCCUCUAUGCGACAGACGCGGCAAAGCACGACCUGCUUUUCACUGCAUGCUUAUUCCACGACAUCGGCACGAGCGACGAGUACGACGGAUCCCAGCGUUUUGAGGUAGAAGGGGGUGAUGCGGCGGCGAAGCAUCUGGGCCAGUUUGACGUCAGCCAAACAGACAAGCACGACGUCUGGACAGCCAUCGCUUGCCACACAAGUCCUCAGAUUGCAGAGAGAAUCGGAGAGUUGUCGAGGCUGGUCAGACUUGCUGUGAUUACUGACUUUGGGCGCAAAAGUACGGCCUGGGAUGUAUUGGUGCCCUUGAGGGAGCGUUUAGAAAAGGAUUUCGAAAGAGACGAGAUUGAGAAGGCUCUGGGUGAUGCCGUUGUACAGCAAGCGAAGAGACUUCCAGAGAAGGCGCCAAUGGUCUCUUGGCCCGGAGUCAUGUACAGAGCCCACCUAGCGGAGCCUGAUUGGAGUGGAGUGAACAAGAUGUUCUGA